GUGCCUGGCAGUGGGUUGUCGGUGGCACAGAGCAACUGCACGUGAUCGCGUUUGUGAGCGUCACACUCCCAUUGUCGGUGACGGAUCUGUGACGCGGUUCUCUUUGUGCUCUUUUGACCGGAUUGAGAGAAUACUCUGGAGCUGGUGCAGCUCAAAAUGGCCAUUUACCGGAUGAAUAACUCGACACCAUCGCCCGAAAUGUCUUUAUGUGCUUCUUUCAAACGGGCUACAAAACGAAGCGAUCGGACUGACACUCUUUCCCCCAACUCCCCCUGCGUCUCCUGUCUUUGUGCUCCUUCAACAGACGCGACGCAUAUGCGCUAUGGAUGAAGACGUCGACAUAACACCUCCACCCGAAAUCUCGCUGCUAGAUGCCGAGCCCGACCCCGACCAUGCACCGUCGUCGGCAACGUUCUGCGAUAAUCUAUGCGCCGCAAUCGAGGCGGAGAAAGACGCGACGCAAGAGCAGGAGGCCACGCUGAGCGAUACGCCCGCGACGCCGCUUCGCACUGCUGCUGCCCUCUCGAGCAACCUCGACCCGCCACAGACACCAGAAGAAGGCUCGCCUGAGCGAUCUGCUGCUGCACCCGGCACGCUGCCGCCGCGCUCGCCACUCCUGUCGACCCAGCCCUCCACCCCGCGCCACCGUGUCGUCAGCGCCGGCACCGCAGAUUCGUCGCCUUUGCGGGGGACCGAGAACACGCCCCCGUCUGACUCUCAGACCCCUUCACCCGCGAAACGCGGUCGUGUCUCCGGCACCUCUCAAUACCAGGAGUCGCCGCUGUCUCGAAAGGCUUGCUGCGCAGAGCUGGCUGGUGAGUGCGUCGAUGAGGACACGCUAUCAGACGAGGAGCAGAAGAAGGAGCCGGUCACCAUUGACUGCGGAUCGGUGGAAGUAGAUGGACUUGCGACACACCCUCUUGGGACGGACAUGGGAAGCGCCACUGAUGUUGCGGAGGAACCCGACGCACAGAGCGUUUCAUUCGAUCCGAGUGCUCUCGGCGUCAUCUGCGCCUACGACGAAGAUUUCGUAACGCAUAUUGCACCCCCAGAGCACGACUCUGAGUCGCUGCUGCCCAGCUCCAGCGCAUCUCCACUGCAAAGUCUAUUCGGGUCAUCGUGUGAGGGGUCUCCCCAAGCGCUUAGUGCUCCCGCCACAGCGAAUGACGGGGAGGCGCUCGAGGACGAACUCGAAGUGCUCGAUGCGUUAGAAGUCAGCUCGGCGUCGGAUAGCAGCAGCACUUGCGAUGUCCAGGAGGAGGAAGAAGAAUCGGGCACGUCGCUGCUCGCUAUAGUUUCCGAGCUGGCGCUCUGGAGUGCUAGUGCGGUUUCGGCUUUCUUCGCACGAAAGGUUGUGGCGGACCCAAACCUGGCGGUGGAUGAUGGAGACGUCGAGGAGAUUGAGCGUGGUGGUAAUGGUGGUAACGGCGGUGAGUUGGCGGUGCUAGACAGCGACGAGGCGCUGGCGUUGGUCGAUGCGUUUUGCGCUACGCUGAUGGAUCAGGUACCGCGCACCGGCAGUGUCAGUGAUGCGCUUGCGUGGUGGGACGAGCAAACGGCGGAACUCGCCCAGAUCGUUGGAUAUGAACCUCCACCGAUCAUUGCAGACGAAGAAAUCUGUUUUCUGGAUUCGACCAACGCAAUUCCGUUGACAAAUGAGUCUGCUGAGUCUGCUGAACUAUGGGCGGAAUUGUGCUCCAGCGAGUUCAUGUCUAAAAACGCCGCGGUCCCUGCACAGGGCGAGAUUUCUGGCUUCGACUUCGACUGGGAGCAGGCUGACUUUUCUGGAAACGCUCCAUGGGAUGCAAACGGUAGUUGUGGCAACAUCGUGGAUUGGAUAGAGACUCCGUGGGGGGACGAAUCUGCGUUCUGGGGUUGGAAGGAAAACACUGGGGAAACCGCAGUCGGGGUCGAGAAUAGAAUCUGGGACGAAAACAGUGCUUGGGCGUCCGAGCUCUCCGACGGUUCUGGGUUCUUUGGCGACUGCUCCACGAUAUACAGCGUCCCGGACUUCCUUGAUCCCGGUCCUCCUGUCGAUGGAGCUCGCUUCCUUCCUAUGUCCAAUGAUGGCGUCUUUGACCUCCCUGGGCCCUCAGAACCGAGCUUUGCAGGACUUGCGGACGAUGUAUCUCGUGGACCGACUUUGCUCCACGCAUCUGGGCCCCGGCUUCGCUCCUGGAAUCUUCCGCUCCGCCCUGUCGUGACCGCUAACACGAAAUCUCGAUUUAUCAACACGAGGGGAGCAUAUAUGGGCCCUACUAUCGCAGAGGAAACUCGCUUGCUGGACCAUGCGAGGGAUCAUCUCGGGCUCGCAGUCCCGAGCUGUCCCUGGCCCGCUUCGGCACGAAUGUCUGAUGCACAUAGGGUCGUCGAGGAAGCGCGGCCUGGCCGUCCGAUGUGCGUGUGCGAGUGGAACGAGUGCGGCGAGAUUAUAUCCAGUUUCGAUUCGGAGCACCUUUCUGCGCAUCUGAGAGAAGCGCACGACACGGAUUCGGCGCGCAAGGGCAUAUGCUACUGGACUGGUUGCCGGGGCCGGCGUGUGACCCGCAUGCUCAAUCACUACCGGAAGGUGCACAUGCGGGCGGAGGAGGUGCAGUGUGUGUCGUGUGGGGAGAUGUUCCUGGAUGCUUCGCAGUUGAGGGCUCAUCUGGCUGUGGUGUCCAAGAGCAAGCGGAACUUGAUCCGGCUGCUGGGGGGGCUCGACCGCGCGCCUUCAGGAUAGGCAUAUUCAUUAGCGCGCAAGAAGUUUCUGUAUCCAACGUUAUUGUAUCCAUUCUAUCUGUAAUGCGGGACUAGGUACUUAGCCUUGUACUUUACUUUAAUUAUGCUCUGGUACAUGGAAUCAGAAGGAUCAGUAUCAGAGAAGGGGGAGUGGAGACGACCG